AUGGCGGCGGCGACCGCGGCGGCCUCGCAAAGCGCCCCCGUCAAAAUGGAGCCUCCGGCGGCCUCCGCGGCCGCCGCGGCGCCUCCACCCGCGCCCAACGGGGCGGGCGGCGCGGGGGGGCCGCCCCCCAAGAGCGAAGGGGAGAGACCAGCCCAGAACGAGAAGAGGAAGGAGAAGGGGAUGAAGAGGGGGGGGAACCGCUUCGAGCCCUACCCCAACCCCUCCAGGAGGUACCGGGCCUUCAUCACCAACAUCCCCUUCGACGUCAAGUGGCAGUCCCUGAAGGACCUGGUCAAAGAGAAAGUUGGUGAGGUAACAUACGUGGAGCUCUUAAUGGACGCUGAAGGAAAGUCAAGGGUAAGUGUUCUGAGAGAAUUUACUUCUGUGGAUUUUCUACCUGCCCAAAAAAUAAAAAAUAAAAAAUAACAAAGUUUAUCCGUGUGGUGGUGGCGUGGAAAAAAGGCAGCCAGGGAAGGAAGCGCGCGGAGAGUGUGGAUGUGGAGUGGCCAGAGUUCCGGGAGAGCCGCUUUUCCGGGGGUUUGGGAGGAGGUGGGCCCGGGGUUUCGGAGUUCAGGACGGUUUUCCCCGCGGUCAGUUGGCGUUGGCUGUCGGACUUUUCCCCCCCUUUUUUUUCCCACCCUCCCUUUUUUCCCUCCCCCGGCCCCCCCCCGGAGCCCAGUUGGUAUUUGGCUGGAGAGUGGAAUUAUUUAUUUCUCCAUGGCUUGGCAAAACUCGAGCGGUUUGGCUGCAUUUUGGAAGAGCGGGUCGUGUUUUUAAAAUAAAACUCCACUUCCUGGGCCAGGUAAAAACCCUCGGAUGUCACCCUCUCUUAGCCCAGAAUUCCAGGGAUGGAAAAGUGUCCUGAAGGAUCCGGAUGUAGGGUUUGUGUGUGGAGGCCAGGGAAGAGCAGGUCACGUGGAGGAGUGUGUGGUUAUUUUCUUGGAGGAGGAGGAGGAGAGUCGGGAUUUAGUUCUGUCUGUUCCAAAGCUCAGAGAAAAUCCCAGUUUUUUUAACCCUCUGAUGGAAAUUAGGGACUGGAAGUCUCGGAGGCUUUUAUUCUCACCAGCAGGGCCAAAACUCAAUGUGAUUUGACUUGGAAAUAAAGAAAUAAAUUAGGUUUUUGGGGGGUGUUUGUUGAGCUUUUGCUGACUUUGUUUGUUUUCUUCCCUCCUCUCGUCCCCGGUCCCGACCUCCGGAAUCUCCUCCUCAGGGAUGCGCGUAAGUUCAGUUUUGGGGAGGGAAUUUUCUCCUCAUGUUCUUUUAUUUUUUGAGUUCUCUCCAGUGAUGUGUGAGCUUUUCUACUUCUCUCCAACACCAACCUAUCCCCUCUCCCCUAAAUUUUAGUCUUUAAGAAAUAAAACUUUAGUUUAAUAAGUAU